AUGACUCGGAGAUUGGAGCAGCUGAUAGAUGUAGGCUAUCUGGGAAUGAUCGAAGGAGGUAACUACAUUGAAGAAGCUAGUUGGGCUUCAGUCAGCAACAUAAUCCAGAAGGAAAGAGAAUAAUUAGUCAAUAAUUAGGGAGGAACUGUCAUUGGGUCCAGUCGAUGUUUGGAAAUGAGGACUUUGGAAGGUCGGAGGAAGGCUGUUGCUAAUUUAAUUCGAAACGGCAUUAACAACUUGGUCUGCAUUGGGGGAGAUGGGUCUCUUACUGGUCUCGAUUUCCUCCGAGAAGAAUGGACAACCCACGUGAACUAUUUGGUCGAGUCUGGGGAGAUCAGUGAGGAUCAGAACAGAAAAUCGAGGACUUUGAAUAUUGUUGGAAUAGUAGGAUCCAUCGAUAACGACUUUUGUGGGACUGAUAUGACAAUUGGGACGGAUUCUGCCUUAACCAGAAUCAUGGAGGCAGUGGACGCUAUUAGCACAACAGCUAGCAGUCAUCAAAGAUGUUUUGUACUCGAAAUAAUGGGACGUAAUUGCGGGUACCUUAUUUUAAUAAUUUGUAGUUACUUGACGUUGUUGGGGGCUAUGAUGUGCGAAGCGGACUAUGCUUUCAUCCCUGAAAUGGAGUUGUCUCCAAACUGGGAACAAGAGUUUGUCCAAACACUAUCCUCUGUAUAA